GUUAUCUAACACAUCAAAAUGGAUUAACAGAAAUUUCGAUUUCAAGAAAAAUUUACUUGUUAGAUAUUUGUAACUCUAAUAAAUUUGUUUGGGUUGAUAAAUUUGAACAUAAGCCUACAACUUCAAAUACAUGUUUACCGAAAAAUACAAUGCCUCCGACUUCUCCAGUAUUUUAUUUUGUAAUUGGUGCAUUAAGCGGAAUUGUGGUUUCUGUAUGGAAGCUUAAUGUUAGAAGUGGCAGUCUCUCUUGUUUUAGCGAUCCUAGCAGUACAGGGCUUAGAAGUAGCUAUAGAUUUAGUAGUAUUAGACUAGAAAACUGGGGCACUAGCUCUAAAAAUAACAGGCAAAUAUAUCAAUCUUACAUUACUUCUGACUCUGAAAAUAAGGAUAAUAAUGAUGCUAAAUCCUCAUAUGUGAAAGGUAAAAAUAAACAAACAGAUAACACUACACAAACAAAAACUGGAUAUAAGAAAAAGUGA